CAGUUUGGGGUAAAUCUAUGGGGGAAACUACUGUAUUGCAACGGAAGUGUUGUGUCAUUUGGUUAAACUCUGCUGCUUCCUUUUCCUCUUUUGUCAUUUCUUGAGCUGAGAGCAAACUUUAGUGUUUUGAGAUCAAGGGUACUGCACACGAAAAUAACUGAUAUUACUUUGAACCUCAAAUACGUGUAUUUGUUGGUUCCUGUUGAGUGGGACCCAAGGAACCGUUGCGGUUAUCGAAUGGAAACUAUGUACUGUCAAUGAAGCAUGGUGGCUUGCUAUUGUGUACUUUUUUUGGACCACUGACUUCAUUGUGCCACAUUCAAAGACUCUACAUAAAUUCCAACGACGUUGACCAUGAGGGUGGAGAGUUUAUUACUGGCAUUGCAAUGCCUGUUGGGAUUUGUGCACUAUAGCGGAGCAUUGUCAACAUGCAGUCCUUUAGACCUGGAGCUAAUAAAGAGAAAGCGCAUCGAAGCCAUUCGAGGACAGAUUCUCAGCAAGCUACGACUGUCUAAGGAACCAGAAGUAGAUGAGGAAAAGGAGUCACAAAACAUCCCAGCAGAGCUCAUCUCAGUGUACAACAGCACCGUGGAGCUAAAUGAAGAGCAGGCGGCGCCCCCUGAACAACCUAAAGAAGAUCCUGUGGAGGAGGAAUACUAUGCUAAAGAGGUUCACAAAUUUACCAUAAAACUGAUGGAGAAAAACCCAGACAAGUUCUUAUGGUUCAACAUCACAGAUAUAAACCACACAUUGGGUUUAAACCGCAUAAUCUCCCAGGUGGAGCUCCGUCUGCUCAUCACAACGUUUCCAGAUGGUUCAGAGCAGAGACUGGAGCUGUAUCAGGUCAUAGGGAACAAGUCACGCUACCUGGAAUCACGCUUUAUUCCCAAACAAAGAAAGUGGCUAUCGUUUGAUGUGACGCAGACCUUGAAAGACUGGCUGCAGAGAAGUGAGGCAGAGCAAGGAUUUCAACUGAAGAUGGCGGAUAACUGUGAUCCUCAGAAGACAUUUCAACUCAAAAUACCAGGUUUGGUUCUUGUAAGAGGUGAUACAGAAACCUUAGCAGUAAAUAUGCCAAGGCCUCACAUUUUGGUAAUGUCACUUCCUCUUGAUGGCAACAACUCAUCAAAAUCUCGCAGAAAACGUCAAACUGAAACAGAUCAAGUUUGCACCGAUAAGUCUGACGGCUGCUGUGUGAGAAGUCUGUACAUUGACUUCCGCAAAGACCUGGGCUGGAAGUGGAUACAUGAACCUUCUGGUUAUUAUGCCAACUAUUGCACUGGCUCUUGCUCUUUCGUCUGGACUUCAGAAAAUAAGUACUCACAGGUUCUUGCGCUAUAUAAGCAUCACAAUCCUGGUGCAUCUGCUCAACCCUGCUGUGUACCUCAGGUUCUAGACCCACUGCCCAUCCUUUACUAUGUGGGCCGGCAACAUAAGGUAGAACAACUGUCAAAUAUGAUUGUGAAGACCUGCAAGUGUUGCUGAAAGCCCUAUCUCUGUUUGGUUCUGAUGAGCAAAAUCAAGAGAGGAACAUUUUGAGGCAGCUGUAACCCAGUAUUUUCUGAGGGGAACUAUUUUAUUCCUGUUUUUUUCUGCUUGUCCUUUUCAUUUUACUUGACUCCACUGUGCCACACUUAGAUGUACUGAUUGUUUUAUACUGUUGUACGUUUAUGUUGAGAAUGAUACUCUACACAUGUUGUCAUAAAAGUUGUAAUAUUCAUUGUUUGAUAUAGAGGUGUUAACUAUUAUUUAGCAGAAAAUCAAACUGUGACUUAAAAUUUUCAUCACAGUUCAGGUGUAGAUUAUUCUGAAUAAUUUUUUUAAUGUAUUAAGUGGAAUAUAAUGAUUCUCUGUUCUGUAACUUAUUACUUAAUUAUGCUGUUGACAUUAAAAAAACCUUUCUUGUUUUUAAAUAUUUGCUUGCAAAUUAUUUUUAAUUCUUUUCUAAAAUAUUUGUUUUGUUUUGUAAUUAAUCCCUCUGAAAACACAGAAUAAACAGUUUUAAUAUCAUAAUGUAUUAGCUCCAAAAGUAAGCACCAUUGCUACAAUGUAAUUCAGGUUUUUGAAAAUCUGUGCUGUUGGUGUUAUUUUAUUGCUGUAUACUGUAUUUGUGAUCACCACUGAACUGUUGUUGUUCUGUUUUUCCCAGAAUCCACAUUUGUUACAGGUGUUCAGGAAAGACAAUUUCCUGCCAGCUAUUUUGUUAUGGCUUCAGAGCUGACAAGGCUUUUUUGUUUGUUUGUUUGUUUUUAUAAAAGGAAGUGAAUUAAAAGUUUGUACACUGUGUGGAA